AUGUUUUUUCCUAAACGAUGGAUGGCAAGCAGUUAUCAGAAAAGACUUCUACGGCAAAAUUUCUUAAGAUUUGACCUAAUUUCACCUCGAGGCGACUCUGGUACUCAGGGAAUGGCCUAUGUUGGCAACAUUUGUCAAGGAUUUGCAUCGGCCAGCAUUGUAGAAGACGUCGGAGCUGCUGCCACUGCAUUAAUAGCCGCGCAUGAGCUAGGACACAGUACACGUUAUCCCACUUUUACUCUAAUUACCCCAAACAGUCGAUGUUUAAGAUACUCACAAGAAAUGUCUCCAAUCAUGCAACGCCAGGAGUGA